UUCAAGUAUAUAAUCUUCUUGAUAUUCCGUAACUUAAGUUCUAUUAUAUCAGAUAAUUCUACUAGUUUGUAAAUUAGUUAGAUUGCGUGAAUAGACAGUAACACUAUCAAAAAAAUAUGAUUAGAGCCACUUUCUUAAACCGUUCAAUUGUUCCAAAUGCUCGUUCAUUUUCUUCAUCGAGUCUUAUUCUUGACAAGAUUAAAGUUAAGAACCCCAUUGUAGAAUUAGAUGGGGAUGAAAUGACUAGAAUUAUAUGGCAAAGAAUCAAGGAUAAAUUAAUUAAUCCAUACUUGGAUAUCGAUUUAAAAUAUUAUGAUUUAGGUGUAGAAUCAAGAGAUGCAACUGAUGAUAAAAUUACUAUUGACGCAGCUAAUGCCAUUAAAGAAUAUGGAGUUGGUGUUAAAUGUGCCACUAUAACUCCAGAUGAAGCUAGAGUUAAAGAAUUUAAUUUAAAGAAGAUGUGGUUAUCACCAAAUGGUACUAUUAGAAAUAUCUUAGGUGGUACUGUAUUUAGAGAAUCAAUUAUCAUUCCAAGAGUUCCAAGAUUAAUUCCAGGUUGGAAAGAACCAAUCGUUAUUGGUAGACAUGCUCAUGGUGAUCAAUAUAAAGCUACUGAUUUAGUCAUAACUGAACCAGGAAAGUUAGAAUUAACUUUUACUCCAGCUAAUGGUGGACCAGUUGAAACUAAGACUGUCUAUGAUUACAAAGGUUCAGGUGUUGGUUUAGCCAUGUAUAACACUGAUGAAUCAAUUAUAGGAUUUGCUCAUUCUUCAUUUAAAAUGGCUUUAAGUAAGAAACUUCCAUUAUAUAUGUCUACUAAAAAUACCAUUUUGAAAAAGUACGAUGGAAGAUUUAAAGAUAUCUUUCAAGAAAUUUAUGAAUCUGAUUAUGCUAAAGAAUUUGAAGCUAAUGGAUUAUGGUAUGAACAUAGAUUAAUUGAUGAUAUGGUUGCACAAAUGAUUAAAUCUAAAGGUGGAUUUGUUAUGGCUUUAAAAAAUUAUGAUGGUGAUGUUCAAUCUGAUAUUGUUGCUCAAGGUUUUGGAUCUUUAGGUUUAAUGACUUCAGUUUUAAUGACUCCAGAUGGAAAAGCUUUUGAAUCUGAAGCUGCUCAUGGUACUGUUACUAGACAUUAUAGACAACAUCAACAAGGUAAAGAAACUUCUACCAAUUCAAUUGCAUCUAUCUUUGCUUGGACUAGAGGUAUUGCUCAAAGAGGUAGACUUGAUAAUACCCCAGAAGUCAUUGAAUUUGCCAAUACUCUUGAAAAGGCAACCAUUGACACUGUUCAAGAAGAUGGUAUUAUGACCAAAGAUUUGGCUUUAGCUUGUGGUAAAACCGAAAGAUCUGCUUAUGUUACCACUACUGAAUUCUUAGAUGCUGUUGCUGAUAAGUUAAAGAGUCAAGUUAAAGUUUAAAAAAUUACAGAGUAAACUUUGAAAGUUGAAGUCCUAUUGAAGGGACACAAUUGCUUAAUCUUUAAUUCUAUACAAUUUAUUCUUUCUUAUACAUACGAUUUACUUUGAUCAAGAUCAGAGUUUUCAAUAUAUAUUAAUAGCAGAAAUGAAAUGCUUUACGUUUUAAAUUUAAUUUAUACAGGAUGUAUGUGCUGAAAAUUACCG